UCGCCCCGGGCUGACCCUCCCGCUCACCAGGGGCCCCUGACUCUUCCGGGCUGGCGGCGAACCCAGUCGGCUCGGCCCUUUCCUCCACGGUCAGGGCUGGUCCGGGGGAUCGCCGCCGCUUGUGGGCAGGGAGCCCUGAGCGCAGGGAUGCCCCGCCGGGGCAUCGCCCGGCAGGACCCAGCACUACCCGGCGGGAGGGGUCUGAGGUGACCGACCUGCGAGGGCGCGUGGCCGGCGCGAGAAUCGCGACGCGUGUGACGUGCCCCAGCGCGUGUGUUCGUUGCGCACGCGAGUGAACCGCGCCUCCCCCGCGGAGUUUUCGUGAAGGUGUCGCGCGGAGGGAGGCGCUCGCCUCGCAGCGGCCCCGCCCACUUCCCUGGCACCCCGCCGGGGCUCGGCUCGGCUCGGCUCCCCCUCUGCUGCACCUGCUCCCCCUCCCCCCGCCAGCGUCCCUCUCGUGCGGCUGGGCUGGGCUGGGCUGGGGGAGAGCCAGCUCGGAAAGCAACGUUAAAGGAUGAAAAGUGACAAGGAACCAUUUUUUGUUAAAUUUAUAAAGUCUUCUGGAAACUCAGAAUAUUUUUUUAAAGCUCUUGAGUCCAUAAAAGAAUUUCAGUCAGAAGAAUAUCUCCAGAUCCUUGAAGAAGUGCCAGCACUCAAUAUAAAAGAGAAUGACAAAUCCCUUUACAUCUGUGACCCUUUUAGUGGCAUUGUUUUUAGUCACCUCAAAAAGCUUGGCUGUAGGAUCGUUGGACCACAGGUAGUCAUAUUUUGUAUGCAGCACCAGCGAUGUGUCCCGAGAGCCGAAUACCCUGUUCAUAAUAUGGCCAUGGCUGAUAUAACAAUAUCCUGUACUAGUCUUGAAAAAGAAACUAGGGAAGAAGUUCAUAAGUAUGUACAGAUGAUGGGUGGCCAUGUGUACAGAGAUCUCAAUGCAUCAGUAACUCAUCUUAUAGCUGGAGAAGUUGGCAGCAAGAAAUAUUUAGUGGCUGCUGCUCUGAAGAAACCCAUAUUGCUUCCUACUUGGAUAAAAGCAUUGUGGGAUAAGUCCCAACAAGGUAUGAUUAGAUACACAGAUAUAAGCAUGGAAAACUUCAUUUGUCCUUUGUUUCGUGGCUGUACAAUCUGUGUAACUGGCUUAAGCAGUGUGGACAGGAAGGAGGUGCAGCGUCUCACUACUGAGCAUGGUGGUCAAUACACAGGGCAGCUCAAGAUGAAUGAGUGCACCCACCUCAUUGUUCAAGAGCCAAAAGGUCAGAAAUAUGAAUGUGCCAAAAAAUGGAAUGUGCAGUGUGUGUCCAUCCAGUGGUUUUUUGACAGUAUCGAGAAUGGCUUCUGCCAGGAUGAGGCAAUGUAUAAGACAGAGUCUGUACAAAAGCAAAAUACCACACCCAGUACAUCAACUCCUACUAGCCAAGCUAGCAAACCUGACAAUCGUACCCUUUCAGAUGUCAGCCACAUUUCCAAUAUCAGUUUGAAUGGCAUUAAUGAAACUGCAUGUAGCUCUGCUUUGAACAGCAGGCUGGAUCCUCCUCCUGAUGAUCUGGAAAAUGUGGAUAUCAGUUCUUUUCAAGCCCCUGAUGAUUUACUAGAUGGGUGUCGAAUUUAUCUCUGUGGCUUCAGUGGCAGGAAGUUAGAUAAAAUGAGAAGGCUUAUUAACUCUGGUGGUGGUGUUCGAUUUAAUCAGCUCAAUGAAGAUGUCACCCAUGUUAUUGUGGGAGAAUAUAAUGAUGAACUGAAGCAGUUUUUGAGCAAGACUACUCACAGGCCUCAUGCAGUGACAGCAAAAUGGUUGCUGGAGUGCUUUGGUAAGGGUUACUUACUUCCAGUGGAGCAGUAUAUCUCUCUGAAUUACCAGCCAAUAGAAAAUCCAGUUUUGGAGCAACCUGGAGUUAAACGAACUGUUCCCAAAAGUAAUAGUCUCACAAAAAAAGAAGCUGUAAAGCUUGUACAGCACCAGAAAGCAGAUGAAGAUGACCUCCUCUCUCAAUAUGUGAAUAAUGAUUCCACAUUAAUUGAAGUUGAAAAGCUAGAAACUGGUAACUUCAGUGAUGCUACUCAUGUUACCAUUCAAGAAGAGAAGCAGUCCUCUAUCUGUCACAGUUCACUGACUGAGACUUCUACAGUGGUUGAAGAAGGCUUAUUCAGCAGAAAGAGGUUCCUUCUUUUGGGUUUUGGUGAAGAGGAUGAGUCCUGCAUUGUAGAAAUUAUAAAGGAGAAUGCUGGGAAAGUUCUACCCCCUCAAAACAGAGCAAUUGCAGACUAUGCUGUGGUUCCUUUAUUGGGAUGCAAGGUGGAGUCAACUGUAGGAGAUGUUGUUACAAACACAUGGAUGAUUAUGUGUGUAGAACAGCAGCUCCUUUUAAACCCUCAGUCCAACCCACUUUUCACCCCAGUAUCAGUAAUGGAAGGAAGCACUCCUCUGGAAGACUGUGUACUGUCUUUCAGCCAGUUUACUGGUGCCGAGAGAGACUCCCUGGUGUUCUUGGCAGGUCUUCUUGGAGCGAGAGUCCAGGAAUUCUUUGUGCGAAGAGCCAACCCAACGAAAGGAAUGUUUGCCAGCACCCACCUAGUGGUCAAAGAGCCAGAUGGUUCUAAGUAUGAAGCAGCAAAGAAAUGGAAUUUACCUGCAGUCACUAUGGCUUGGCUCUUGCAGUCUGCAAGGACAGGAAAGAAAGCAGAUGAAAGCAAGUUCCCAGUUGAAAAUGUUAAUGCUGGAGAUAAAGAAGAGAGUUUAAUGAGUCAGUCCAACAAGACAGAGACAACUAUAAUGUCUUCAGAUAUACCAGACCAUCCUAGCAAUUUCCUUGAAGCUGGGAAGAAAAUAGCUGUGACGCCUCUUGAUGUGAACCGGUUCCAGAGUAAAGCUUUCCAUAGUGUGAUCUCGCACCAUAUUGGGCAAAAGCCAACCCUUCCUGCAGAAGGAAGACUGCUCCAGAAAGAACCGUCUUUGCAUCUUGACACACCAUCCAAAUUUCUUUCCAAAGAUAAGCUCUUCAAGCCUUCAUUCGAUGUAAAGGAUGCCCUGGCAGCUUUGGAAACUCCAGGGGCUCCCAAUCAGAGAAACAGGAAUCCGAGUACUCCUCUUUCUGAAGUCAUUGGCAGGAACUUGAAAUUGGCUCUGGCAAACAGCACUCGUCAUACAGCAGCUCUUACUGCCAGCCCUCAGCUGCGGGCUGCACAAGCAGAAGUGGUGGAAGAUUCAAAACCUCUUGCUGAUCUAGUCAUAUGUGUUAGUAAGAAACUCAGUAAAAAGCAAAGUGAACUGAAUGCUGUUGCCGCUUCUCUUGGAGCAGAUUACAGAUGGUGCUUUGAUGAAACAGUAACUCACUUCAUCUACCAGGGAAGACAAAAUGACAGCAGUAAGGAAUACAAAUCUGUUAAAGAAAGGGGCAUACACAUUGUUUCAGAGCAUUGGCUUUUAGAGAGUGCACAAGAAUAUAAACGACUUCCCGAAUCUCUGUUCCCUCACACUUACAAUCCCAAAAUGAGUCUGGAUAUCAGUGCAGUACAAGAUGGCAGACUUUCUUCCAGUAGACUUCCAUCAACUGGAAAAAUAGCAAAGGAAGUUGAGAGUAUUUCAGUGGAUGAAAAUGACAUAGGAGAUGUAACUACUAACCAGGUAAAGGAAGCAGUCACAGUAAGGGAGGAGCAAAUUGCAGGAAAUGAAGCCAAAGGAGUUUUAACCCAGACACUGGAAAUGAGGGAGAACUUUCAAAAGCAACUACAGGAGAUCAUGUCUGCAACAUCGAUAGUGAAACCACAAGCACAAAGAGGAUCGUUGUCAAGGAAUGGUUUUGACAGUUCCCCUACCACACCAGAUGGCACACGAUCUGUGCGUAACGGUCGUAGUAGAGUCUUGGAAGCUCUAAGGCAGUCACGGCAAGCAGUGAUGGACAUAAACACAGAGCCAUCACAAAAUGAGCAGAUUGUUUGGGAUGACCCCACUGCAAGAGAGGAGAGAGCAAGGCUUGUCAGCAACUUACAGUGGCCCAAUAGUCCUUCACAGUACUCAGAACAAAUUCAGACUGAUGUAAAUAACAUGAAUGAUUCCCCUUUCAGGGAAUCCUUCACUGAUAGAGAAGUUACUGAAUUAGUAAAAAUUCAAACAAAAUCAAGCAACAAUGAAUUACUAUCCACAGCUGUUCAUGAUUCUGAGGACACAGGUGUGGAAGAGGUACCAAAGCAUCCAAUAUAUAAUGAUCCAAAAACCCCAGUAAAAGAUGAUCAAGUGAUCCCCACACCGCAAGCUCCCAGCAUUGCUUUCCCGCUGGCCAACCCUCCUGUGGCUCCACAGCCCAAAGCAAAGGCUAUUACAGUAGAUGAGAAGGUUGAUGAAGAACCAGAAAAACCGCGCAAAUUCCAGCUGUCUUCACUUAAUCCUCAAGAGCGAAUCGAUUACUGCCAUCUGAUUGAGAAACUAGGUGGACUGGUGCUUGAGAAGCAGUGCUUUGAUCCAAGUUGUACACACAUCAUUGUGGGACAUCCUCUUCGAAAUGAGAAAUACUUGGCCUCGAUGGCUGCUGGAAAGUGGGUGCUUCAUCGUUCCUACCUGGAGGCAUGCAGAGCAGCCUGCUGCUUUGUACAGGAGGAAGAUUAUGAAUGGGGAAGUAACUCCAUACUCAAUGUUUUGUCUGGAAUCAAUGUAAACCAAAAGAAACUAGCACUUGCAGCAAUGAGAUGGAGGAAAAAAAUCCAUAAAAGGAGGCAGGAAACUGGCAUCAUUGAGGGGGCAUUUAGUGGCUGGAAAGUGAUUUUGAAUGUUGACCAAACCAAGGAAGCAGGAUUCAAACGUCUUCUUCAAUCAGGAGGAGCAAAGGUACUGCCAGGUCAUUCUCUAUUUCUCUAUAAAGAAGCUACUCACCUUUUUGCUGACUUCAGUAAACUGAAGCCAGAUGAUACCAGAGUUAAUGUACUGGAGGCUGCUGCCCAAGGAGUGAACUGCUUGAAACCAGAAUACAUUGCUGACUACCUCAUACAGGAGCUUCCUCCUCCCAUGGAGGGUUACUGUCUGCCAGAAGCUGUUUCUUAUCUUCAAAAUAGUAAAGAACUGGGAAUUGGAUUAUCUCAGAAGAGAAAAGCACCUGGAGAAACAAGCAAAGUCAAACGAUCCAGAAUACACUGAGGGGAUUCUCCAUUUGUAAUUCUUGUAUUUUAAAUUCCUAUUUUAUGAAUAUUUUGCCAAUCUCAAUGCUGAAAAAAUUAAAAGCUUUUUUUAAUUUAA